GGGAACACAAGCAGGGGGAGUGGGAGAGGGAGAAGCAGGCUUCCCGCAGAGCAGGGAGCCCGAUGUGGGGCUCGAUCCCAGGACCCUGGGAUCAUGACCUGAGCCGAAGGCAGACGCUUAACGACUGAGCCACCCAGGCGCUCCCUGCAAAACAAACAAACAAACAAACAGUAACUGUGAGAGAAGACUCAGAAAUGGACGUGGUUGAAGACCUGAAGAGAGUUAAUCACUUUUUUUAAAAAGCGCUGAGAAAACUUAUCCCAAAGACUCCAAGCAGACGUGCAUCUCAUUGAUAUGGGGGAGUAUCGACGGGAGAAUGCCCAUUCCUAAACCAGUCACUGGAAGGGUAAUGAGAUUACUAUGACCUGGGGGUCCAAGUAUGGAUCGGAAAUUCACAUCGUGGCCCGGGCAGCAGCGGCCCCUAGAAUGGCGAAGCACACGGUUUGGUUUGGCGCCAGACGGAGCCAGGUUGGCUCGCUCCCUUUAAGACGAGAGUCACGUGACAACCACCCGACCAAUCAGAGGUGAAGAUCCGACCAGGACACGCCCAUUCUCCUCACUCCUUCUUCCUGAGCUCUACCCAGACGGCGUCUGUAGCCACGCUCUCGCGUCUCUGAGAGAGAAUCUGGCGUUAUGGACACUCCGUCGUCCGACCAGAAGGCGCAGAAGCAAGAGCAGGGUGAGGUGCCCGAAGGGCCGAAGAACGAGGUCGCCCCUGCCCCCGGCGACGCCCGUGGGGCCGGCAACCCCGAUCCCAGUGCCGUGGUCCCCUCGGUCUCGAGCGGCCUUUCCCCAUCGGGUGGUGGCGCCCCACAGAGCGGUACGGCAGGUUCCUCUGCUUCCGCCCUGGCUGCCGUCGGCGCCAUUUCGGUCAAUGGCGAGGGCCCGGAGCUGCCCUCCACGGGCUGUGUGCAGGAGAGGGAGCGUGCUGACCUCCAGGGCGGCCGCAGUCCCCACGCCAAGCUGAGAUGUGUGGUGCCCGAGCUGAGAUGUGUGGUGCCCGGGGCGGGGCUGGGUCUCCAGGCCUCACACGCGGGCGGCGUGGCCGCCAUGGUGCAAGCCGUGAGGGGAGUUGGCCAGGCCAGCGGGCCUCCGACCCUGACCGCGAGCCCGGGGAGGGGCCGUGGGAGGAAGCAGCCCGGCCGCGAGGAGGCUGCCCAGGCUCAGAAGCCUCCAGAGCGGCGCUGUCUGUUUCCUGCGCUUCCUACAGCUCCGUGCCCCGUGCCCUUGCCGCCAUCUUCUCCGGGCUCUCAGCCCAGCGGCCGCCGCCGUUCUCGGGCUUCUCCGUCGGGUCACGCAUCCCAGCCAGGCCCUGCCCUCCGAAGUCAGGCCCGGGCACCAGGCCCAGCCCUCCGCAGUCAAGCGGCCAGGCCAGGCCCUGCCGUCCACGACCGCGCCACCCCGCCAGGCAUUGAUGAUCUCAGCCGUGAAUCUGAGCCAGGCUCUGCUUGCCGCCGCCGCCGCCAUGCACCCGAGCCAGGCCCUGCUCGCCGCCGCCGCCGCCAUGCACCUGAACGAGGCCCUGUUCGUCGCCGCCGCCGCCGUCGCCUCAGCUGCCGCGCGUCCCAGCCAGGCCCUGCCCUGCGAAGCUCCACCGCUCCGCCAGGCCCAGCCCCUUCUACCUACACCACCCCGCCACGCCCUCUCCGCAGGCAAGCAGCCGGGCCACGCCCGGCCCACGGAAGCUACACCGCUCCGCCGGGCCCUGCUCUCCGGAGCCCGGCGUCCGGGUCGGGCCCUGCUCUCCGGAGCCCGGCGUCCGGGUCGGGCCCUGCUCUCCGGAGCCCGGCGUCCGGGUCGGGCCCUGCUCUCCGGAGCCCGGCGUCCGGGUCGGGCCCUGCUCUCCGGAGCCCGGCGUCCGGGUCGGGCCCUGCUCUCCGGAGCCCGGCGUCCGGGUCGGGCCCUGCUCUCCGGAGCCCGGCGUCCGGGUCGGGCCCUGCUCUCCGGAGCCCGGCGUCCGGGUCGGGCCCUGCUCUCCGGAGCCCGGCGUCCCGGUCGGGCCCUGCUCUCCGGAGCCCGGCGUCCGGGUCGGGCCCUGCUCUCCGGAGCCCGGCGUCCGGGUCGGGCCCUGCUCUCCGGAGCCCGGCGUCCCGGUCGGGCCCUGCACUUCGCAGCCGUGCAUCCGCACGAGGCCCUGCACGCCGCCGCAGCCGUCCUACCACCCCACCAGGUCCUGCUCUUCGUAACCGCACAACUAGGCCUGGCCGGGCCCUCCGCCGCCCCGCCGCGCCGCGCAGUCUUGCCUCCCACCCAGCUCCUGUUCGCUGCAACGGUGCAUGCUGUCGAGGCCUUGUUCUCCACUACCGCGCUACUGGGCCAAACCUUGCCCUCCGCGCCUCCCCUCCAGGCCCUGCUCUCCGCAGCAGCCUCGCAGCCAGUCCAGGCCCUGUUCUCGGGAGCCACGCCUCCACGCUGGGCCCUGUCCUCCGGAGCCAUGUUAUCCAGCAAAGAUCAGCAGUUCGCAGCCUCCCUCCUCCGCCAGGGCUGGCCGCCCAGAGCCCUUCUCCCCCUGGGUUCGCCUUAAGAAGGCUGGUCUCCCGGAGCGGCUCAAAUUCACCUGAUCCUGAGGUCCUGUGCUUUGCCUCCCAGCCUGGUCCUGCCAUCCACGCGAGUUCCUCACCAUCCUCUCUUGGCGCGUUCUAUUCUCUCUUCCCUAGGCGAUAUAGUGAGGGCUUCUUCUCAUCCCCUGGGUCUCCUGGCCUGAACCCCUGCCCCUCCUCUGCUGGGUGUUCUGUCCUUACCUCCUGUUCGUACUCCCGUGGGUUUUGUGGUCUGGGCUCCAUCUCCACCCCUAGCCCUGAUAGCAUUAGGCGUGCCUUGCUGCCAGCACUUGAUGCCCUGAGCCCUGUCUCUCCAGGAGAGCAGGCUGAAAUAGGGAGCACACCGUCCCCACCUACACCUCCUAUGCUGUGACCCUCCUCAUAAGACCCAGUAAAGGAACCCGCAUCCACCCACUGUCCUAAAUGGGCUGCCUGCCCCGCAGUUACCUGUGAGGUUUCCAAGUUUUGUGAGCCAGCAACCAAGGUCCUGAGUUUUGAAACUUCCUCUCCCCAAGGCUCCACCACCCAACACUUAACCUGCUGUUGGCCCUUGAUUCCAGGGCCCCUUCUCCCUCAAAAGGGCUGGCCUGCCUUUGCCCCUGAGUUGAGAUUCCCCUUUUCCAGGGUUGCCACUUAUACAAUGAAUUUUUGAUGAAUAAAAUUAAAAUGUUGACUUCAUUGUGUUUUAUUUUCUAAUGUACUGUGGGUUUUGAUCGAGGUACAAAGGUUUUUAAUUUUGUGUUACAGUUGAAGAAUUAGAAAAAUGUAAUCAGUAUAGUAGCUUUUCUUUUGAAUGAUAAGUGGAGUAAAAUAUUCUGUGAGUCAUUUUGCCAAACUCUGAAGUGGGGGUCUGUCCAAGACGUUUUCACUAGGUAAUGUAUAUGCUUAUAGCAUAAGUAUUAGUACUGGGGUAAGACUAGGGAGCACCUUGAUGGGGAUUAAGAAGUGUAGUUGUUGUGAUGAACUGUGGGUGUUGUAUGUAACUGUUGAAUCACUAAAUUGUCCACCUGAAACUAGUAUUACACGGUAUGUUAACUAACUGUAAUUUGAAUGAAAACUUAAAAAAAAAAAAAAAAGAAUGGGCAAUUUAACCCAAGUUGGCUAGAGAAAUGGACAGGUGGUGGCGAUAUUCUGGGUCAGGAAAGAGGCAGUGCAUGGUCAGGUAUGUAGGAGGAGGAUAGAAGGCACUGCUGAAAUCAAGAGUCAUGAACAGGAAGGGGGAGCAGUUCUUCCUUUCUAGAGGAAGAAAUUCAUUGUGUGUUGGGAACUGGGGCUCCUGAAGGUGGGUCGGGGAGGGGGUGGACUUAGUUGGUGAUUUAAUGUUAAUGACUGAUAUGGGAAUAGUAGAAUGUUGGGUGAACAUUGUGUUAAUGAUAAUUCUAUUAUAAAAAAUAAUUGUUACCUAGUUUGUGAGCAGGUAUUUGAACGUGUGUGUGUGUGUAGACAUACUUGAAGAGAACUAGAUGGACAUACACCACACUAUGAACUGGAUGUAUAUCUGAUUCUCUGAGUAACCGAUGAUGUGGUCUUCUAUAUUCUGUUUUCCACCUUGACCCUAUGACUACUGUGAUGGGACUCAACUGCUUUCAAAAUGUUAAGUUUUGGAAGCAUGGUAGGAUAUCACAUUAAAAUGAAUGGAGUGUAAAAUACAUAUAAACCAAAAUAAAAGGAACCCUCUCUCCCUCCUUUCCCGUAUUUCCCACAAGGUCUGUCCCAGAAGGUAAGUUUUGGUGUCAUUUUUUUGUACACAUUUGACUUUGUAGGGGAUCCUAUAUAGUCUCAUGUCUUUAAAUAUCACCUUAAGCUUGUGAAUCCCAAAUUUGUGUAUCUGUUACCAUCUUUGUAUACCAGCCACAUAUAUCCAACUGUCUGUUGACUUCACUUGAGGUGUCUUAACAGGCAUCUCAAACUUCAGUCAUGAGAGCUGUUCAUUAGAAAUACAAUGCUAGUCACACAUGUAAUUUACAGUUUAUUUAGAAAGUCAUGGAAAUAAGGCUAGUGUUAACACUUGACUCAAAUGACAAAACUAAAUUUAGUAAUGAGUUUGAUGUCCUUUAUUCAAGGGAAAACAAUCCAUAGGUUGGGUGAGUACAGUACCUCACAAGCAAUAGAACACUCAUCCUGAGGGUUUUUGAGCUAAAGCAGGUUUUAUAGUGUUAGAACAGGCAAUAUGAAAG